GGUAGUGCCUCAUCUGCAAAUGACACUAAAUCUUACUUUUGUCAAGAAGGACAGUACAAUGACAUGGCAACAUUGUUCUUUACCUCCCAGGAAUCAGCAAUUCGGCAUCUUUUUCACCUUGAUGUAAAUGAUGGCAUAAGAGCAGAUGGAAGGCAUGUAAGAGCUGUAAGACCAAUUAGCAUAGAGACUAAUAUCUUACCAAACACACACUCAUCUUGUCUAUUUACAAGAGGGCAAACACAAGUUUUAGGAGUGCUUACUGUUGGAGGCUCAACAGAUGCACAAAUGUAUGAGAGCUUAACAGAUACAAGCCCACGAUAUGAAGAUUUUAUGUUGCAUUAUAACUUCCCGGGUUAUAGUGUUGGAGAAGCAGGUAGAUUAGGACCUCCCGGACGACGUGAGUUAGGACAUGGAAAUUUAGCUAAAAAAUCUAUUGAGCCUACACUUGUUAAUAGAGGCGAUAAUACCAUAAGGAUUGUAGCAGAGGUGUUAGAAUCAAACGGCUCAUCAUCUAUGGCUACGGUAUGUUCUUCCUCUUUAGCAUUAAGAGCUGGUGGUAUAAAGACCACAGAUUUAGUAGCAGGUGUUGCUAUGGGGCUUAUAAAAGAGGGCGAUAAAUAUGCUAUUCUUACAGAUAUAAUGGGGUUAGAGGAUCAUUAUGGCGAUAUGGACUUUAAGGUUGCAGGUACUAAAAAGGGUAUAACAGCUCUGCAAAUGGAUAUAAAGAUAGAGGGUAUUAGUAUAGAUGUCUUAAAAGAUGCUUUGUAUCAAGCAAGAGAAGCAAGAGAGCAUAUACUUUCUAUUAUGGAGAGUGAGAGUGAGAAGAUAGUUAUCAAUGAAGAUGCAUUGCCAAGUAUGGAGAUGUUCUCUAUUGACCCCGGUAAGAUAGCAAGUGUUAUAGGACAAGCGGGUAAGACUAUAAAAGAGAUAAUAGAGAAGUUUCAAGUUGCAGUUGACCUUGAUAGAAACAGCGGUAAAGUUAAAAUAUCGG